CUUGGAUUCGGGAGCAGUCGAUGUAUCCGCGACGGUUCCAUCUGAUAUUUUCUUUUCUUUUUAGAUAUCUCCAUCCCACGGGCACCGUGGAGCAGAGAGUCGUCAGUAUCAGCUGGUGAUGUGAUGAGCUGCUCAUCAUCAUCUUCUUCUUCUCUUUCUCCCUCCUCCUUCUCCCUCCUUCCUUCUUCUGCCUCAACCGCAAAAGCAACCUUCGUUUUCUUCUACUCCUCGUCGAGCUCCAAGAGAUUCUCCGGUAUCCGUGCGUCCCGUUCGGCCUACCUCGGCUCCCUCUUAUCGCACAAAAGGAUCAAGCAGCAGCUAAAUCUGGAUGUGGCUCCUGUCAAGGGUGCACGCAAAGAUUGUCAGCGUGCCAGACUUCCAACUCAGUGUUUUUGCCAAGACCAUCCAAGUUCUGUGAUAGACAAAAGUAGUUACCCUCAAAAUGCUGAUUUUCCUCGCUAUUACUCAAAGAGGGAGAAGAAACCCUUUCCUAUACCCAUAUUGGAGCUAAGGCGUGCGGCAAGAGAGAGGCAAAAGAAAGCCAGGGGAAAGCCCAGAAGACCAAUGCCACCACCAAAAAAUGGAAUGCUGGUUAGAAGCCUGAUACCAGUUGCAUAUGAAGUGAUGAAUGCAAGGAUUUUGUUGAUAAACAAUCUGAAAAGGCUAAUGAAAGUAGUGCCAGUGCGAGCUUGCAAGUAUUGCAAUGAAAUUCAUGUUGGCCAGACUGGGCACCCAUUCAAAUCAUGCCGAGGCCUGCAUGCAGAUAAACGCAGGGGUCUGCAUGAGUGGACUAAUGCAACAGUAGAAGAUGUAUUUCUGCCCAUUGAGGCCUACCAUCUUUUUGACCGUCUAGGUAAGCGAAUCUCUCAUGAGGAGAGGUUCUCCAUCCCCCGAGUUCCAGCUAUUGUGGAACUUUGUGUCCAGGCUGGUGUCGACCUUCCUGACUUACCCACCAAGCGGCGGAGGAAGCCUGUCAUUCGCAUUAGGAAGAGUGAGAUCAUUGAUGCUGAUGAAGAUGACUUGCCUGACCCCAAGCCUGAUAAAUUUAAUAAGCCGAUUCUGGAUGAAAUUCCUGAUUCUGAUGCAAUUCCACCAUCCAGUGCCGAGGAGACUGCUUCCCUUUCUGAGGAGACACUUGAAGCAUGGGACACUCUUAGGCAGGGUACCGGGAGGCUGAUGAGGAAGUAUGCGGUGAGGGUGUGUGGCUACUGCCCUGAGGUGCAUGUGGGACCCAGCGGGCACAAGGCACAGAAUUGUGGGGCAUUCAAGCACCAGCAGCGGAAUGGGCAGCAUGGCUGGCAAGCAGCAGUGCUUGAUGAUCUGAUACCACCGAGGUUUGUGUGGCAUGUACCAGCAACAGAACCAGAGCUGCAGCGAGAGCUGAGGAACUUCUAUGGACAGGCACCAGCUGUGGUGGAGCUGUGCGUUCAGGGUGGAGCAAGAGUGCCAGAACAGUACAAACCUACCAUGAGGCUGGAUGUUGGAAUACCAACCAAUUUGAGAGAAGCUGAGAUGGUGGUAUGACUUUUACCUAAUUCUGCAUCUAAACUAGAAUGGCUGGAAUAUACUCAGAGAAGUACUGUUUAGCAUAUUGAGGCAGAUUAAUCAUUCACCUCAAGCUCUUCCUAGAUGUCCCAGAAAUGAUGGCAAUCAUUCACUUUGGAUGCGCUGAAUCAGCAUUAAACAAAUUGAUGCUAUUUUUUCGUGUAGAGGUAACCAUUUCUCAGUGUAUAAUCCAUUGCUGGUCGUACUUUGCUCUAAUAGCUAUGGUCAUUCAAGGGGUGUUUGGACGCCCAGCUAAAAUAUCUGUCGAGUAUCUUGCAUGAUAAAAUGAGAUGCAGAUGGACUGGCAUGCCCUUUAUGGUUGUGAUAAUCGGACAAUUUUUCUCUUGGGGUUA